AUGUUGUUCGUUGUUUGCAAUGUCACACCAAUUCGCCCAGCUCCGCCUGGCAAAAAAUAUGUGAGAUGUCCUUGUAAUUGUCUGCUUGUAUGUAGAGCUAAAUCUACUCGAAUUGCUUGUCCUAGACAAAAUUGCCGACGUGUGAUUACUUUAGCCAGUAGUGGACCUCCAAAUGCUGGAAUUCCCGGUACUGCUAUUCGAGCACCUGUAGGCACUUGCCGUGUUCAAUGCGCUUAUUGCCAAGAAAUAUUUAUGUUUAACACACUUAACAAUCAAUUGGCUAUUUGUCCACAUUGCAGAAAAAGUUCUUCUGUCGGAACUCCUUUUGCCCGUUCUCGUUGUAUUCUCAACUCGAUUGGACUGUUUUUGGUUAGCCUAUUUUUGAUUGGUUUAAUUUUAACAAUUUCAAAUGGACAAGAUACUUUUUUUAUGUGGGCCUUUUUGGUUGCUUUGUUGUCUCUUUUCUUUUUUCUGAUUUAUCGACUAAUCUAUUUUUGGCGAAUAGGGAUUAGCCAGGUUUUUAGUUUAAAUUUAAUAAAAACUAGAGAUAGAAAGAUUUAA